AUGUAAUUGGGGUUCGAAAUUCAUUGUUUGCUCAUGAAUUUAUUAUGAUUUAUUGUAUAGGUACAGUGAUUAAGCCCCGUGGUUAUCAGUCAUUCCACCAAAUUCACUCAUUAUAUUCAUCUACAAGUUUUUAGUCAGGUAAUUAACCAUGUCACCCAUAGUUGUAUCAGCCGAAUGACGAAACAAUUAAAAGUAACUGGAACUUGAACAUUAUUAAUUUACCACUGUGUUUACCCAUUUAAAAGUUUGCUUGAUCACACAUACAUAGGGAGGAGCAGUCGUGAUCUCAAAAUUAGAGUAUGUGAACAUGGACCAUAAUGGUGGCAAAAACAAAUAGAAUCGAAUCGCUCAAUAAGAGUAGGGGAUAAAUAUACAUCAUCCUCUAUAGCCAAGCAUAUAAUCAAAGCAGGUCAUAAAAUUGAUCUCAACUCGCCUUCUGUGGUGUUGUACAAAAGUGUAAAACGACAAAUGCUAAGGUCCGUUGAAGCCUUAGCCAUACGAAAAUCCACACCCCCGUUGUGUAUUCAAAAAUAGUUUGUUCUCAACUUAAACCCACCCUGGUAAUAUAGUUUAUUAACCAGAGUCAAAUUGUUUUUACAUUAUUUCUUCAUUAUACCUGUCACCCCUUACCCUCCACUUCUAAUCUAGCUGACCUUCUACGUUUUAUAUAUAAAUGUUCUAAACAAGUAUAUGUGUUACCGGAUUGUUCGAGGUGUAUUGCGCUAAUAUAUCAUAUAGUCCUGGUAAUUUUCGUCUUCUCAUCACCCUACCAAAAUUUGUCAAAGGGACUAAUUCCUUACAAUUUCUCAUCAAAGUUGAAAGUCGAUUUACAACACCAUUCAUCAAGAAUUGUGAACAUUUUCAGUAGUCAAAGUAUGUUGCAACAGUUAAUAAUCUAAUCACAAAUUGAAGUUAUAAUCCGGAUAAAAAUUCACACGCUACUUAAUGCUUUCAAUCCGUGUUGCAAAAUAUCACAAAAUUGAUCUGCCCUACAUCCAUUCGUAGUGCAUGUCGUCACAUCGAGGUAAUCAUGAGUUAAUCUUGUUACAGCUAUGGUUGGUUAAUAUGCAUGUAACAACUCCUUUGUUCAAUGAUUUGUUUUACUGACAUUUUGUAUAAAAAGCGUGUCGGACUACUACAUACGUGUGUUUCAAAGCUUACAAAGCUUAUUCGUUUGAAGUAAGUUAUUAAUGGUCUAUUGUUUAGUGAUGUUAUUUGAAUUCCAUUGGCAUGUUUUGUGCAUUUAAUACCAUCUGAAUGACAUCUCUCCCUGGAACACUAGCACAGUCCUUAUUUACUUGUUUGUUGGAGUAAGAGACUUAAUAUUAAAGACUUAAAAUAGACUGAUUUCUUUUCGAGGCAGAUGUUAUAUCCAAAAAAUCAUCAACGAUCCUUUAUACUCCAUGCUGGUCUACGAAUUACAUCUAUUAUUUCAUGGUUAAUAGUCUAUUAUCUGUAAUCCGAAAUACAAUAUUCAUAAUAUACCCACAUAAUGAUUCAGCAUGCAAACUAUCUGAGCUACACCAUGGUGGACGGAAUGUUUAUUCAAUAGUACGAUGUACGUUUUGAAAACUGAUGACCACAUUACAUAAAUAUGACUUACUGAUAAAAGUGAAAGCUACAGUUAAACAUCAAGAAAUUCAUAAGACGGUAAACACUGUGAAGUCCAAUGAAUUCAACACAACAAACGGGCUAGAACAAAAUGAAUUCGUCACAUUUUGUAGUUUCUCAUCAACUGCUUACAACCAUAUCUCUAUUGAAAUCCAACAAUAAGGUGAUACAUUUUGUGAAGCAAUCUAACGAAUUCAGUUGAUUUGCUUCAAUUGUUUAGGCUUGAAUAAUUUAAACAGAUUAGCCCUUGAUUAUUUUAACGAACAAUCCUUAUGCUGGCUAAAGUCAAAAGUAGUUGUUGUUAUUGAAUAUAAAUUGAAUUAAUACAAACGAAUACAUGCGUAUCCAACCACGAGCAGUGGAGAACAGUCUUGUGAAUUUAUGUAACACGUUAUGUACAUAUUUGAUGGAAUAUGAUUAACAGAUGAAUUCAGGAAGCAUGUUUCUUUCAAAAUACUACUCGUCAACUUUGUGUACCGGCAUUCCAGCGUCGAUGUUCUUUUUACAACUCGUACACAAUAUCGUUUGCUUAAAACUUCAUCGCGUUAUCCACUUAUCUACUGAGUUCAAACAGGCGCUUUUUUGUGCUGCAUGUAUGGGAUUCGGUUUAAUUCGAAAUUGUUCGCAUUAUUCCACGGUUGAAAUUUGUUCAUUCUUGAUGGGCAGUUAACUAACCUGUGUGGACUGCUUCAAAUUAGUUAUGAUUUCAUAAUUUCUUAUAGAAUAGUUCGAAUGCGGUUGACGGUGCAAUCCAGGAUCUGCUUUUCUCUCUAUUUGAUGUAUUAGUACAUUCAGCUGACGCGUAACAUAUACCAACUAAGAAUGAUCAAACUUACGUUAAAAUAUCAACACAGGAUUAUGCGAACCAUUAAAAAUCAAAUUGAUAUAAUGAUUUGCUUUAUCUAAUUGUGAACAUUCGAAAGAUACAACUUUAAAAACGGAUUAGUAUAAAGUGGACAUAGCAAAUCUAUUGAAUUCAAAAGUGGCAAUUUCAUCCGAGCUUUAUACACAUUCCAUGACAUCGAAUAGUAUGGUAUUUGGUCGCCAAUGAUGAAUCAUCACUGUCUUUUAUUUAAAACCUACACAACGCUAAUUAACGUCUUUCGAUAAAAAAUAGGAUUGAAGUCUCAUCGUUGUGUGAAGCGAAUAAAAAAGACCUUCUCAAGAAUAGAAAAAAUCCCACAAUUUAAGGCUUCCUCUUACCCGCAUUCAUCAGCAGUUAUCUUUAUCCAACCGUCACAUAUCUUGCGUGAUUUUGGAUGCGCACUGCUAAGGAGUCCCGUACUCGAACGAAACGUUUGUCUAAUUCAUCCUGGUUUGUGAUUCUGGUCUAAAUUACAUUGACCUAUGAAUCGAACCGUGAAAAUUAAUAAUUGAUUUAAUUACUCCUUUUCAAUUCCUUAAUAUCUUCUACUCAAGUAAAUAAUAAAAGCGUCUUCUCUUAUUAUUCAACUUGUAAAAAUGAUAUCACAACUGGUCACAUUCAACGUUGCUGUACUUUUCUUAUGCACAUUUAAUAUGAUGAAUGUUGACGCAUUCCAGUUUUCCGCACCAAUAGAUUUUGAUGAACACGGAGAAAUGUACAUUGAUUUGAACAAUUUGAAUAUUUCGUUAAGCUCAGAGUAUGAAUUUACAGCAAGUGAUGGAGAUUGUACAAAAACGAUUUUUCUGAAGCCACCAACUGACCACGAGAAACUGUUUAGAACAGGACUCCGCUCUGUAUCAUUCCUAUGCAAAAGCUGGUCCCUUAAUCAAGAACGUUCGAAUAGCAGAGGACGUGAUUGUUUAUGGACUGAUUUACUCUUUUAAUAACACGUUCUGUGAUAAACACUUUGGAAUAAAUUUUAGUGAUUAGCUCUAUUCGCUUUGCUUUCGAAUCUUCAUA